GUCACGCCGGUGUCAGCAGCUCAAUUCCCGCGCAUAAUCCGAACCAGAUUCGUCGUCAUCGGAAGGGCCUAAUACCGGCUUAGUCCCGUUGAGAGUUUAGGGUGUGCCUUGCCAGACAGGCAUUUCAAGUGGCCCGGUUUUCAAGAUCAAGUUUGUGCGCGGCGUUUGUAAAAGAAAUGGCUCAAAUGUGAGAAGGUGUGACUUACCAAGCCGAACCGACUCAGAUAGAAAAGAAAUUAAUCACACUGUGUGGGCUUAGCUUCGUUGGACGGUCAGAGGAACUGCUGCACUGGGUGCAAUAAUCACGCGGCGGAAGCAGGUUUUACUGUUUUAUCAGUGCAAGAGGUAGAAAAGAGCAAUUAUGAUAGAAAAAAAAGUGCAAAUUACCUGUUAUUGUUGCUUAAUUAGGAGUGCAUUACCUUCGAAAUGAGGAAAAUAACAGCCUGCUUGCUGACCAUACUGGGAGCUAUUACACCAACGGCGAUCAGUGACUCCGCAACCCGUAAUUUUGGUUCCUACUAUUACGUCUCCCACUAUGAUGAUCAAUCCCACCAGCAGGAUUACAACUACUACAAUGUUGUCACCAAAGAACCUUCGAAACUAGAACAAAUAGUCGAACCCAAAACGUGGAACCGUCCAGCAUCGAAUUACACGUUUUCAUAUCUGGAAGAGGACGAGUUCGGUCCAUCGAACUGGGGUGCACUUAGUCCCAGCUGCAAUGGUCUGUACCAGAGUCCGGUGAGUUUGGCAGUAAACAGAUCUUUGUUUGUUCGGAAGAAGCGACCACUUGAGCUGUGGGGUCUGCAAAGUCGACCCACUCGAAUAACACUGGUGAACGAAGGUGGUUCUGCUGCCUACUUUUUCGACUAUCGCAAGGCAGAUCAUCCUCGACUUCGUGGAGGACCGUUGAAAGUUGACUACAUGUUCUACCAGUUCCACUAUCAUCUAGGAUCGGAACACUCACUGGAAGGGCAACGAUCGACGUCCGAACUUCAUCUGGUGUUUUACAAUAGUUUAUACGAAUCCUACGAAUCCGCACAAAACCAAGCAGAUGGAAUAGCAGUGAUAGCACUGCUGUACGACGUGCUAAAGAAGGACCGUAUCGACACCCUGAACAAAUGGACUCGCUAUCUGAGUAAAGUUAUCGAAGAAGAUCACGAAUACAGCAUUCCGAAUUAUGGAUUAUUUUCGUUAAGCGAUGUGACACAAACUACCACGUGGCCAUACUUCUCAUACGAGGGAAGCCUUACAACUCCUCCCUGCUCGGAAACGGUCCAGUGGAUUGUGGUAACUCAGCGGAUGAUGAUGACGAAGAGCGAGUUGAAGAAAAUGCGACAACUUAAAGGUAGAGGUGGUGAAUGGGUAUUGAACUCGAGACCCAACCAGGCGCUCAAUUUCAGAAGGGUGUUUUUGUACUAAAACCAAAUCGGCAACCUGGCCUUUAUUACUAAGCUUGCUCGAAUCGAUGCCAUAGAAUGAACAGAGAUUAUUUUGUUGAGGAAUAGAGUGAUAGGUUAGUAAUAAUUAGUACUGUAAUAUAGACCUAAUGCGAGCAAACCAGUGUACCAAAAGUGAAUUAUUGAUAAUUAAUAAAUAAGUAUACUUUA